AUGGCGUCAAAAUGUCCCAAAUGCGACAAGACGGUGUAUUUCGCGGAGAAGGUGUCGUCUUUGGGGAAGGACUGGCACAAGUUCUGUCUGAAAUGUGAGCGCUGCAACAAGACGUUGAACCCUGGAGGCCACGCUGAGCAUGAUGGGAAGCCUUACUGCCACAAACCCUGCUACGCCGCCCUCUUUGGACCAAAAGGCGUGAACAUCGGCGGAGCUGGUUCCUACGUGUACGACAAUCCUGUUAACGAAGCCCCCGCUGCCGUUUCCAUGGAAACAGAUGGAAAACCAGAGGAGGAGAAAAAAGCCCCCGCACGGGGACCCGUGAAGGCUGCAAGCUUCUCGUCUUUCUCUGGAGGACCCAACAUCUGCCCCAGGUGCAACAAGACCGUAUAUUUCGCUGAGAAGGUGUCCUCUCUCGGGAAGAACUGGCACCGGCCCUGUCUGCGCUGUGAGAGAUGCAGUAAGACUCUGGCUCCUGGCAGCCACGCCGAGCAUGAUGGACAGCCAUACUGCCACAAACCGUGCUACGCUGUGCUGUUUGGGCCCAAAGGCGUGAACACCGGAGGUGUCGGCAGCUACAUCUACGACGACCCUGAGGCCGAGGCACGGCCCUGAGCCCCGACGCUGCCUCCACCGCCCAGACAAAGCACCGCCUCCAGGACCCUCGAUGUGUCUGUGAUUUGCCUUCUACAGUCAUGCUGAUAAACAAAAUGUACUGCACUCACGGGGACGGAUAUUUAGACCUUUAUGUUGUAUUUGUAUAUUGUUUAUAUAUCUAUUUUUUGUACUGAAACAAACCUUUAACAUGUCCCCCCGUGCGAGUUUCAGAUUUGCCUUUAAGUUUCUUGGU